UCCAUCUCCAUCCCCAUCCGUGGUCUUGCCUUGGAGAUCGUCAUUAAGGUUCACGCGCUGAAAAAGUGAGCCCGCCUCCCUUGUUAUUGCCCCCGACUGAUUAUUUGGUAAUCUUUUGGGCUCUGGUGAUUGGAUCCUCCGAGCGUUGGCGUCAUCGACCUCGGAUGUCACUUUGGGGCUAUCCACGGGCUCCUUCGGAAGGGCUCUCCUGUAAACUAACUGCUGGCUCUGAUAGGUCCCGCUUGAUCUAGAGGGUCAUUAGGCUUAUUACGCAGCUGUUUUUUUGAAUGUGAUACAAGAUCGCAGACGUUUGACCAACGAUUGAUCAUCUUCCCCCCACCUUCGUGGGCUAGGAUGUCCGGACCUAACGCUACCACGCAGAAGGCUUUAAUUACCCAAGCUCUGAAAGCCGAAGGGGAUGUGGCUACGUCCACGUCUCAAAGAGAGGCCCUCGAGGCUGCAAUCAGCGCGGCUGAGAAUUACAUGAAAGCGUUGAAACUAGCUACUGUCCCAAAAGACAAGAAGAGGCUGGAUGAAAAGUGCAAAGACUGGCUCACCCGAGCGGAAAAGAUCAAGGGGUCCCAGGACUGGCAAUCCGCUGCGCAUGCGCAGGACAGAAGAUCCCCUGCAUCUACCCGCAAGCUCACCACGCGUGAGGAGAUUAUCCUCCUGGAAGGCGCCAAGCUUAAUGGGUUUAUCUUCCCGCCGUGGUCUACAUCCCCAAGUCCGGAGGAAUUCAAAGAAGAAGAUGGGAAACUGUUUACCGAUAAACCUGAUCUUCAUCUUUCGGAUCUUCAGAAACACAUAUUUGAUGGCUGGAAGCGACCUGUCGAGUUGCUGGCAGGAGAUUCCGAGGACGCAAACCAAAUCCUAGUGCCCAUGAUGUCCGUUACGGGAAAGACUGAUCUUGUACAAGAUGUUCUGACAGACUGUUCUGUGGUUGCCAGCCUCUGUGCCACCACUUCGAGAUUAGAACGCGGCGUAGGAAAGCGUUUUCUCCCAGCGGUUUACCCCUGUGAAUACGUGCGGGCAAAUCCGGAACCUUCACCGUCAGGAAAAUACAUAUUUCGUUUCUAUUUUAAUGGUUGCUUUCGCAAGGUCAUCAUUGACGACCGCUUGCCGUCAUCAAAGACCUCUAGAUCGCUUCAUGUGAUUGACCGAAACAAUCCUACAUUCCUGUGGCCGGCCCUCGUUGAAAAAGCAUACCUCAAACUCCGUGGAGGCUAUGAUUUCCCUGGGAGCAACUCUGGGACGGACUUGUGGGUGCUGACGGGCUGGAUCCCCGAGCAGAUCUUUCUUCACAGUGAGGAUGUGACGGGCGACGACAUCUGGAGGCGCUUCGCCAGGGCCUUCCAUCACGGGGAUGUCUUACUGACAAUAGGCACCGGAAGAUUGACCGAGCGCGAACAGGAAGAGCUGGGCCUUGUAAGCGAGCAUGACUACGCGAUUCUGGAUAUAAAGGAGUCCAAGGGCCGUCGGCAGAUGCUCGUCAAAAACCCCUGGGCUGGAGCAGAUACGGCACAUGGUGAAGGCGAAUAUACUUCCAACUCGGCAGAUCCGCCGCACAACCCGCCAUCUUUUGCACCGGGCACCUUCUGGAUGGACUGUGAAAGGGUUCUCCAGAACUUUGAAAACCUGUACCUCAACUGGAACCCGGAGAUAUUCAAAUACCGAGAAGAUAUCCACUUCACCUGGGAUCUCUCCAGUGGCAGAGGGAUGGUCGGCUGUUUUGUGAAGAACCCUCAGUUUGCAGUCACUAGUGCACUGGGUGGUACUGUCUGGAUACUACUCGGAAAGCAUUUCCGGACGAUUGCGCAUGACCAAGAAUAUGACGAGUCGGGAUUCAUAAGCAUUUACGUCUUCAAUGCUAGAGGGAAGAGAGUUUCGCUGAGCGACGGAGCUUUGCAUCGCGGUCCAUAUGUUGACUCACCCAACACCCUCAUGCGAUUGGAGAUGCCCCCGAAAACGACGUACACAGUGGUUGUCUCUGAACAAUCCUUACCCUCAUUGAGUCAGAGUUUCACACUCUCUGCGCUUUCCACAUCACCGAUACAAAUAGCACAGGCCCAAAACGAAUAUAUGUGUGUGAACAAGGUCCAGGGUGCAUGGACACCUCUCACGGCAGGAGGCAAUGCUGAGUCGGCGCGCUAUCCUUUGAAUCCUCAAUUCAGCCUGGAGAUAUCGGGUUUGACCGACGUCUCAUUUCUGCUCGAGUCGUCAGAAACCGACAUUGCCACUCAUGUUAAACUUUUCUGGUCCAACGGCAACCGUAUCUCAAGAGUCAGAAGCCGCGAUAUUAUUACGGACAGUGGCGACUACCGUCGCGGUGGAUGCCUUGCAGAGAAGAAAUCUCUAGAUCUGGGCCUGUACACUAUUGUGUGCUCUACAUUUGCGCCUGAUAAACUGGGCAAGUUUACGCUCUGGGUUUCAUCUUCAAUCCCUUGUCAAGUGCAGGCACUUGCUCCAGAGGCGGCGGGUCGACGUGCCGUCCUUUCGGACAUCGGCGUCCUGCCUCCGGGAAAGGAUCGGAUGUUGGCUCCUUUGCACAUCCCGCGACUGACACGAAUCAAGCUCAUCGCGAGGAGCAGGAAAUCCGUGAUUGGGGACCACUCUGUCGGGCCCUCGCCUGCCUUGAUGACCGUAGAGCUCGGCCAAGGGCCCUACAAAGAGACUUUGGCGACUUCCGAGGAUGGAAACCACAGCGAUGCGAUAUCGGGGGUGCGUGUCGAGGAUUUUGACAUUAAGCCGGGACUGGAGGAGAAGGGCGGAGUUUGGAUUGUCAUCGAGAGGAUCGGCGGUCCUGGAGGUCAGGUUGAAGACCACUUCGAGGUGGAAGCGUUGGCUGAAGAGCGAGUGGAAAUUGGCGAGUGGAUAGUCGAGGAUGUUUGACGUCGGCAUGACUUGAAUCUUGCAGCAUCAUGUUAGAGUUGUACAGUGGAAACCAAUGUAAAUUCC